UAGAAGUAAGCUGCUUGGCGCCUGCCACCUUUACGAAGUUCGAGGUAGAACUCCGAGAACAAAUAAAACAAUAUUUAUUUGUGAGUGCAUUACCGCGAAAGAACCUGGAUUUUGUAUACCAUUUGUAUUAAAAUGUUUUGGACUGUCAUCCUAAAAAUAUAAAUAACGCCACCCGCAAAUACUACUCGGGAAACAGUACACUUUGUCUCGGCGCAUCAUCAAUAUCUCACAAUGAAAGUUACGGUCAGCACUCUUAACGACGAAAUAUUCGUCCUCGACGUGUCUGAAGACUUGGAAUUAGAAAAUUUUAAGGCAUUCUGUGAAAUCGAAUCCGGUUUCCCUGCAGCAGAUAUCACAUUGACUUUCAAUGGUAAACCUAUGAUACACGAUAAGAAAUCACUCAAGGAACUGGGAGUGCACGACGGCGAUGUAGUCGUAAUGCUCCACAUGGUGCACAGCAGGACACCUUCAAACUUAAAAAUGAACGACGCAAGCCAAGCUCUGCCAAGUGGUUUGGCAAAUCUUGACUUCAGCAACAUACAGGUGCCGCAAGGAGCAAGCACAUCUAUGGCGUCUAGAAAUUCUACAGUAGAGGAAGAUCCUCGCAUUAUAAGAGAAAUGUUCCUGGCUAAUCCAGAUCAGCUUGCUUUACUUAAGCAGAACAACCCAAGACUAGCGGAUGCUCUACUGAGUGGCAAUCUGGAUACAUUUGCCUCGGUACUACGGGAACAAAUAUCUGCUAGAACUGAAAGGCAACAACAAAGAAUAAGGAUGAUGAAUUCAGAUCCAUUCGACACUGAGGCACAGCGUAUGAUAGCGGAGGAGAUCAGGCAAAAAAACAUAGAGGCUAACAUGGAGGCGGCCAUGGAGUAUAACCCGGAAACAUUUGGAACUGUUGUGAUGCUGUACAUUAAUUGUCAUGUCAAUGGGUUUCCAGUUAAAGCAUUUAUUGACUCCGGGGCACAGACUACGAUAAUGUCAGCUGCAUGUGCCGAGAGGUGCAACAUCAUGAGACUUGUAGACACAAGAUGGGCAGGUAUAGCUAAAGGGGUUGGAGUGCAGCGCAUCAUAGGUCGCAUUCACAUGGUACAGAUGCGCAUCGAGAAAGACUUCCUCACUACCUCCUUCUCAGUGCUAGAGGAGCAACCUAUGGACAUGCUUUUAGGGCUCGACAUGCUGAAGAGGCAUCAGUGCAACAUAGAUCUGAAGAGGAACAUCCUUCACAUUGGAACAACAGGUACUGAGACACCCUUCCUCUCCGAGUCAGAUCUGCCAGAGUGUGCCCGGCUUUCGGGCGUUUCUGAGGACGAUAUAGUAACACAGUCAGUGAGAGAUGCCGAAGAGAAGCAGAUGAGGGAUGCACUAGAGAAGUCAAAACAAGAGGCAGGCAGCCAGGGACCGCGGCCGGUGAGCGCUGCCGGCGCCGGACAGACGACCGGCCAGAGAAUCGUGAACCCCAGCGUGACCGUCCUGCCCACGGACAGGUUCGGCGAAACCGACGUCGAGGAGAUCGUCGCUCUGGGCUUCACCAGGGAACAGGCGGUCGUGGAGUUGCGGCGAUUUAACGGCGACAAGACGCAGGCCACGGUGGCUCUGUUCGCGAAAUCGCUCAAGUUUUAAAAUAUCUCCAUUCCCGGGGUUCUGGAGCCCCCCGCUCGCCGGACCGAAGCCGCAACCCGACUGAUGUGUCGCACACCGUACCAAGCCGCUGCGAUUGACUUUACUGAGCCUCGCUGGCCGCCAGCGACCAUCUUAACAUAUCGUUAAAUAAUGAUGCGUUUGUAGCUUUCAUUUAUUCAUGGAACGCUUACAAAUGUAUCACUUCACUCGUUGCUACUUAAAACUAUUUUGUACAAGUUUCUUCUUAACGCUCAACUCGUAUCUUUCUAACAGUUGUACCUAAGUAGAAAGCGUAACUAACCAAGCCAACGAUAUUAUCGCUUUUGAUAAUCUUAUACACUUAUUGUUGCGAUUUUUUUUUAACGAUUUGUUGUCGAUCGAUUUACGCGAGAAGUUGCUCUGUGCGGGUGACAAGGUUAUAACGUGAAAUAAAUAAAAGGCGCCCUGGUCAUCUAACCCCCGAGGGGUUUCGUUUUCGUUUAUAUAUAGCUUUGUUAAAUACGUUAAGCAAUGAUUUGAAUGUAACGACUUUUAUUGAGUGUUAUAAAGAAAGACUUAUUUAGGAAAAUACUGUGUAGUUUUGUAAGUGAACGCUCGCCACGGAGCCUGCGUAACAACAGCGCGGCGAUUCGAUACAUUGUACAAAUAUUGCACAUCCAGUCCGCGGCCGCUUCGAGGCGUGUGAUAAUGUCUUUGAUGAUUUGUACGUCAAGUCGAGCGUUACGAGACGUUACGGGACCGUCUCACAUACAAUACAGAUUAAGAUUGAUUUAACAAAACUUUGAUCUGAAGUGCAAUUUCAUGUUGUACUUAUUCAGUAGAGCGACCACAAAUCGCGUUGCAGUAGAAGUCGGCGUCCGCGGAGUGAGGCGUGGGGCUCGGGCCUCGGCCGUUAUCAUAGUAUGAGGCAUAUCGGCGUUCUAAUAUCACACGCUGACCACGGAUAAGCAAUACUGAGUCUGGUCAUUGCGAAUAUAUUGCGUGGUCGUAGUUAUAAGUAAAAAGAGACAUGUGCGGGAUACAUAAUACAGUCGAAUUUAACAUGGGCCUUGUAUUUAUUUAUAAAUAUUUUGUAAACGCGAGAGUUGCUGAGAGUACUCUGUGUCAGCUUUUCACACUUGCGUGGUAUCGUGAUUUGUGCAUCGGCUCGCGAGACGUUUCCGCUACCAGGUCGUACUGUACGAAGGCGGCGUUCUACAGCUGACCACGGCCGCGUCGCAGGCGUCGGGCGCACAGAAGUGUCGAACAGUCAUGUCGCUACGUCAGCCACCACAUUGUACUACUCUUAAGUAUUUUAUAUUAUUUUUUAUAUUUACAAUAUAUUUUAAUGACAUUGUUCUAAAAUUAAGUUUUUCCUUUGUUAAAGUUUUGUAUUUCAUUGAACACCGAAUAAAUAAAGUUACGCAUCAUA